AUGAAACCAUUAACAAAAAGAGAAUUUCGAAAUGAAAAUGAAAAACGUCGUCGUGAUUUAUCUACACAAUUAAUAGCAAAUUUAAAAGAUAUACUUUUAAUUGAAAAUACUUCAGAUGCAGACGAAGAAAAUACAAAGUUUGAUAAAACUUCAAUUUUACGUCAAACUGUAACGUUUUUAGAAAAAUAUCAACAGAAUAUAAAAAACAAAAAAAAAUUAGUUGUACCAAAUUUUCAAAAUUCUACUUUAUCUUCAAAUUCUAUUCUUGGAUUUUCUUGGAAACCACCUUGUGAUAUAAUUUCUAUUGAUGAAUGGUUACAACUAGCUAUUGAAUCAAUGCAUUGCUUUUUUCUUGUUAUUAAAUUUGAUUUGUAUUUUCAUACAAUAGUUUAUGUAUCAAAGAAUAUUCAUUCAUAUUUUGGUUAUUUACAAGAUGAACUAGUUAAUCAUGCAUUAUUGGAAUUUAUUCUUCCAUCAAAUCAUGAUUGA